AUGGAUGUAUUCACAGAAGAGUAUAUGAUCCCAGAUGCCAAAGAUCUGUUCGAUUCGAUGCAGCAGCAGGACGUCGUGUCGUGGACAAAGCUCUUAGGUGUUUAUGCGCGAUCAGGAGAUAUGAACAAAGCUGUCAGUGCGUUCAAUCUCAUGCCAGCAAGGGAUGCUGUCGCGUCGACUGUGCUGCUGCGAGGAUUCGUGGAGCUCAACAUGAUCAGCGAAGCGGAAGGCGUCUUCCAGGCGAUGCCGGAGAAAGACAUCCAUGCACACACAGUUCUCGUUAUGGCUUCUGCUGAGGUGGGAGCGGCUACUAGCUUGCAAAUGGAGGAGGCCAGCAAGGCGGUCCUCAUGGAAAAGGAUCCUAUAGCGUGGAAUGCGUUGAUUGCAGCAAAUACUAGGCAAGGGGAUCUGCGGUAUGCGCUGAAGCUGUUCGAGUCUAUGCAGCUCUAUGGCGUAAAUCCAGAUGGUGCAACCAUGAUAUGUCUUCUGCAGACUUGCAGCCACAGACUUGAUGUGCAAACUGGGCGUGAAGUUUUCAGAAGAAUGGGUUCGGACUUUGCCAUUCCAGCAGAAAGAAAGCACUACUGCUGCAUGGUUGAUUUGCUCGCAAGAGCUGGCCAUCUGGAUGACGCCGAGGAAUUGGUUUGUGCGAUGCCAUUUAUUCCCUCUGCUGCAGAAUGGAACGCUCUUCUAGGGGCAUGCAGAAGCCAGGGCGAUGGAAACGUACGGAGAGCAGAAAGAGUAGCGAAGAAAGCAAUGGAGUUAAACAACGAGGCUUCCUACGUCCUUAUGGGAAACAUCUACUCGGGCAGCAAGAAUGACCAGGUAGAUAUUGAUAUGGCUCUGGAAUCUCUCAGGGAGAAAAUGAGAGAACAAGGUCUAACGAGAAAGCCUGCAAUAAGCGUUGUCACUGUCGGGAAGGAAACUCAUAGGCUUAUGGUGGACGACAAGAGUCACCCCAAUAUCCAAGAAAUCAACGCAGAAUUGGCAACGUUAACCAGACUACUUAAAAAUGAAGGGUAUGUUCCCAGAAUUGAUCUUGUAUUCAGUGGGAAGGAAGAGGUUCUCGCGGAAAUGGCUCUGGCCAAGCACAGCGAGAAAUUGGCUUUAGCCUGUGGCAUCCUUUACUCCAAGGAAGCAGCAGGGGCGCACAUCAGGAUUAAAAACAACCUUCGGAUGUGUGGAGAUUGCCAUCAGAUGAUGUGUCUUGCUAGCAAGAUUUAUGAUGGGAGGAAAAUUACUGUGAAGGAUGCUAGCCGAGUCCAUUGUUUUGAACAAGGCGUUUGUUCCUGCGAGAACAACUGGUGA